AUAUUGAUGACUAUUGUUCCAUCUAAUAGUACUCAACGACUUCUUUCCUUUCACAAUCUAGAAACAUUAACUGUUAUGCACUGUUGGAAUAUGAAAAGUCUAUUUCCAGUUUCCACAGCUACUGGUCUUUUGCAACUUAAACAGCUUAAGAUGAUCUCUUGCGGGUUGGAGGAAAUUGUUGCUAAGGAGGAAGUAGAUGAGACCCCUAGAUUUUUGUUUCCCCAAUUAACCUUCCUCAUGCUUGCUAAUUUACCAGAACUCAAAUGUUUCUAUUUGGGGUUGCAUACAACGGAGUGGCCAAUGCUAGAGUUUUUGGGGGUGUUUCAUUGUGAAAAGAUUAAAAUAUUUGCUUCAGAAUUUCCUAGGGAUCAAAAUACAGAUCAAGACAGUCAACCUUCCUUUGAUUUGUCUGGAAAGGCUAUGCCCAGUUUGGAAUCAUUGUACUUAGAUGUCAGUCACGUUAGACUAAUGUGCCACAACCAUAUUCCAUUUGAAGGAUUCUGCCAACUAAAAGAACUUUUUUUGGCCAAGUUAGAUGAUGAAUCAAUUCAAUUUUUCUAUGGCUUCCUCAAAAGGUUAUUCAAACUGGAAACACUGGCUCUAAUGCAUAGUAGUUUCAAUGAGCUAUUCCCAAAUGAAAUAGACGCAACGAAAGAAGAUUCUCAAGUGGAUCCAUUUCUUCCAAAUCUUAGCUACCUGAAAUUAUUGAGCUGUAAUUAUUUGACACAUUUAUGGGCAUCCUCAACAUCUUUCACAAAUCUCACAACACUGGAAGUAGAGGAUUGUUAUGGAUUGGUAAACAUAUUUACAUGCUCAACUGUCAAAUCUCUUGUCCAACUCACAAAAAUGACAAUAAGAGAAUGUAAGUUACUGAGAGAGAUAAUAGCAAGUGAAUUUGACCAGGCAGAAGAAGAAAUCGUUUUUUGUCGGUUGAAAACUUUGGAGCUUCAUUGUUUAGCAAGCCUCACACGCUUUUGCUCAGCAAAUUAUGCCUUCAAAUUCCCAUGUUUUGAUCAAGUAAUUGUGAGUGAAUGCCCAAAAUUGAAGAUCUUUACUCAAGGAAGUUUAAGCACACCAAAGCUAAAUAGGGUGCGACCAACACAAGAAAUGAAUGGAGAAUAUGUUUGGAAGGAGGAUCUCAAUUCCACCAUUGAGCAGAUGUUUAUAGAUAUGGUAUUUACUACAAAUCUUUUUAUCUUCGCUACCACCUUUGCUAUUAAUAUUAGUUUACAUGUCUUUACUACCAUUAAAUUGGAUAUGAUUGUAUAA